AUGCUUCGGUUAUCCUUGCAAGAUCUCGUAUUGCGAGUCAAGAUUUGCAAGUUGGGUGAAGUGGAGCAAACUCUUCUCGAAGCACUCGACCCGCCUUCAUCAAAGAACAUCCGCCGAGCAAUCGACUCCCUGAAGGAGGUCAAGGCUCUCACGAACGCAGAAAAUCUCACGCCUUUAGGAAUGCAGCUUGCGAAGCUGCCGCUAGACGUCUUCCUUGGAAAGCUGAUUAUCCAUGGUGCGUUCUUUAAAUGCCUGGACGCGUCUAUCAGUAUUGCCGCCAUCCUUUCCUCCAAAUCGCCUUUUGUGAACACGAUGGGCUCGAAUACCCAAAAAGACCUAGCGAGGCUCUCGUUCAGGAAGGGCGACUCUGAUCUCUUGACUGUGUACAAUGCCUACUGCGCCUGGAAACGCACGAAGAGCACGCCCGGCGCUAACGAAUUCUCAUUCUGCCGCAAGAAUUUCCUCAGCCCUCAAACGCUGCUGAACAUUGAGGAUAUCAAGAUGCAACUUAUCGUGUCAAUUGCAGACGCAGGGCUAUUGAAUCUCGAUCCUUCCCAGAAAGCGUCCUUGAACAGAGCUCGAUAUGGCGGCCGCCAGCGCCAGUUCUUCAUCAUCCCCGAAGAAUACGACGUGAACAGCACUAACGACGUAAUUGUCAACUCGGUCAUCGCCUGGAGUUUCUAUCCGAAGCUACUCACCCGCGAAGGCAAAGGAUGGCGGAAUGUGGCCAACAAUCAGUCGGUAACGCUGCAUCCCACGUCGGUGAACAAGCAAUCCGAUCCCGCCAUCAAGUGGCUCUCAUAUUACCACAUCAUGCAAGGACGCAACCGCAACUAUAACGCCUUCGAGACAAAUGCGGUCGAUGACUUUGCCAUUGCCUUGCUGUGUGGGGAGCCCGAGUUCAAGAUGUACUCCGGCGUUAUCUCCAUUGAUGCCAAUCGGAUACGAUUCAGCGUUCGAGACUGGAAGUCGAUGCUGGCUCUCAAGGUUCUCAGCGCUCGUAUCCGAGACAUCUUAUCUGGGACGUUCCGUGACCCGCAGAAAAAGCUGUCGUACAAGCAACAACAGUGGAUCGAUAUCUGGAACCAGAUAUUCUCGCAAGCGGGAAAACGCAACUCGUAA